UGUGGAUGCUCUAAUGGAGUCAAAAGGUGGCAAGAAGUCUAGUAGUAGUAAUUUGAUGUACGAAGCUCCCCUUGGUUACAAAAUUGAGGACGUUCGCCCAGCCGGAGGAAUCAAGAAGUUCCAGUCUGCUGCUUACUCCAACUGCGUCCGCAAGCCAUCCUGAUAUCCCUUCACAUGCAAUUCGCCGUAGAGUAGGAUUUUCCUUCAAUUUUUCUCUUGUUUGAUAAUUCUCCCUUGGCUGGCUGCAUUCUCUGCUUCUGAGAUUCCAACGUGUCUUCUCCCAUCUCUUCCUCCCUUUCCCAUCCUCUCUUCCUUGCAACACAUCACCUAAAGGCGAUGCCUUCAGCUGAUUCUUGGGGCUCUUCUCCUGCCUCCCCUAUUGGGUUUGAGGGCUAUGAGAAGCGCCUUGAGAUAACGUUCUCUGAUGCACCUGUCUUUGAGGACCCAUGUGGUCGUGGCCUUCGCGCCCUCUCUCGCGAGCAGAUUGACUCGUUCCUGGAUCUUGCACGGUGCACCAUAGUGUCCCAGCUCUCAGACAAGCACUUUGACUCGUAUGUUCUGUCCGAGUCGAGCCUCUUUGUGUAUCCCCACAAGGUUGUCCUCAAGACCUGUGGGACGACAAAGCUGCUGCUCUCCAUUCCUCGCAUCCUUGAGCUCGCUGCAGAGCUCUCACUGCAUGUUCUUUCAGUGAAGUACUCUCGUGGGACGUUCAUCUUCCCCGGUGCUCAGCCGGCACCGCACCGCAGCUUCUCGGAGGAGGUAUCAGUGCUGAAUGGUUUCUUUGGUGGCCUCAAGUCUGGUGGCAAUGCAUAUGUGAUUGGUGACACGUUCAAGCCCAAUAAGAAAUGGCAUGUCUAUUAUGCCACGGAGGAGCCUGAGCAACCUAUGGUGACACUUGAGAUGUGCAUGACUGGGCUGGAUGUUAAGAAAGCUGCAGUGUUCUUCAAGAACUCUGCCGAUGGCCGUUGCUCAUCAGCAAAGGAGAUGACGAAGCUUUCAGGAAUUUCUGAGAUCAUCCCUGAGAUGGAAAUCUGUGACUUUGAGUUCGACCCAUGCGGUUACUCGAUGAACGGUGUCUUUGGACCUGCAGCCUCCACCAUCCACGUGACACCUGAGGAAGGUUUCAGCUAUGCAAGCUACGAAGCGAUGAAUUUUGACCCUAGCUCCUUAGUUUACAGCGAUGUCAUCAAAAGGGUCCUGGCAGGCUUCUCUCCUUCAGACUUUUCAGUUGCUGUUACCAUCUUCGGCGGGCAUGGGUUUGCCAAAUCAUGGGCAAAGGGUGCAGAUGUCGACUCCUACAUGUGUGAUGAUCUUGUCGAGCAGGAGCUUCCUGGUGGUGGUCGGCUGAUGUACCAGAGCUUUACUGCUAUUGCGCCUGGUGCUGUGUCGCCCAGGUCGACCUUGGAGAUGGAUGGAUGGAGCAGUGAUGGAAUGGAGACCUCUGUGAACAGUGAUGAUAUGUGUAUCUGUUGGGAUGCAGGGAAGAAGGUGGUGAAGAAAGAUGUGGAUGCGUGAGAAAGAUUGGGUGGUUCCUCACCUCGAGUUGCAAGUUUAAGGAUUGGGGUUUCUGAUAACCUCUGUUAGCCCUGUUCUUCUAUUUUCGGUUAAGCAGCUGGCUGGGCUACCGCAAGCAUAAUAAUCUUAUGUUCUUUUAUAUUUUCCUGCUCAAUAAGUGCUCUAGAUGGUUUGCUGCGUCUGCCAUAGUGAGUUGCAUAUUAUUGUUUCAGCAUUGCCGAUGCCCUUGUGGGGAGAAUGAUCUUGUAAUAACUCUAUUCUCAAUCGAUUAUUGGAAUCUUCGGUUUAUCGUCUGCC